AUGUCUAAAAUAACGCGCUACGACAUGUUGAAGGAACAACAUUUAACGGGAUCCCAGGAUGGUUCGGUAUCGCUGUGGGAAUGGGGGCAUCAGAACGCCGUAGCAACUCCAAGAUCCCCGGGCACCUUCGCCAAAGUAACUCGCGUGCGAUUCUCCCAGCACGGCAACAAGUUCGGCGUAGCAGAUUCGGAUGGCCAUCUCAGCCUCUUCCAAGUCGCUUGUCGAGAUGGAACGGCUCGACCUUUUUUCAAUUACCAGUGCCACAGCAAAGUAACAGCCGAUUUUGUCUUUCUGGGAGCUUGCAGUCUAGUAGCCACUGCCGGUCACAGCUCUGAGGGACGCAACGUGGCUCUUUGGGACACUCUGUUGCCCCAAAGUAAAUCUCUCGUUCAAGCUUUCACUUGCCAUGAUCAAGGAGCGAGUUCGGUGAUACUGGCUCCUCAGCACCAGUUAUUGAUUAGCGGCGGAAAAAAAGGAGACAUCAACAUAUUCGACGUGAGACAACGGCAACAGCGUCAUCGUUUUCAAGCUCACGAAUCUCCAAUCAAAUGCUUGGCUUUGGAUCCCCAUGAAGAGUUCUUUGUCAGUGGAGCCGGAGAUGGUGACAUUAAAGUGUGGGGCUUGACCGUCCAUUCACUGCUCUAUUCUUUCCCUGGAGAACAUCCUAGAUCAAGUUUCUUUAAAAACAUUGGACAGGGUGUAACUCAAUUGCACGUAGAUUCGGCAGGACGUUUGUUUUCGUGUGGUGCAGAUGGUUCUAUGAAAGUUCGUCAACUGCCAGAGCGAGACUGCGUUGUGCACACGUAUUAUUAAAAUGAUCAACUGAAUCGUGUAAUAUGACGACAGACUGUUUUCGGCCUGGCGCAAUGACUAUUGUACAAUAAAUGCAUAUAUAAAGUUAUUCAACUGAUAUUUAUUCUUGUGAAAUCGUUGUCAACUAUUCAUGCGUAUAUUUUCUUCAAAAGUCUAUUUCAGUGAUAACGUUUCCUCCCAAAUCUUAAUGUCUUUUAAAAUUUCAAAAAUGUCUUUAACCCUAAUUAAAAUCAUUUGUCGAGUCGUUCAACGUCCACCGUGUAACUUUAACAUUGAAAAAUGCUGUAAAGAACAUUGUGUACAUGAUAAAUUUAUUUGGUUAGUGUACUUGACCAACUUGAACUGCUAAAAUGGGAAUUAUUUAACUUAAAAAUGAACUUGGUACACAUUUUUUACUGCUUAUUUAAUUCGGUUCUUUAUCACGAAUUUUCGUUAUAAUUUUUCAAUUGCAUAAAGUAAAAAAAUUUAUGUAAAAUUCAUAAUAGUGCCAUACAAAAACAAAGAAGGAAGUAUCAAUGAAGAAAGUAUAUAAUAGGUAAAAAAAUCCGUUCAACAUGAGUAUUUGGGUACACAAUUAAGAUAAACAUCAUAUACGAAUAAAUAUAUUUCGUAUAAACUCGAAUAACGUUUCCUACACUAUUAUUGUAAUAACAUAAUUUAAUGUUGUUGUAGUUGUUGCUAUGUAAAAUAAUUUUAACAGUUUCGUAAUGUAAUAUUUAUUUGGAGCUGAAUGCUACGAAAAGUUUUUAACGAUAGUAAUAUUGUUUUGACUGUUGAUAGAAUAUGAAUUGACGAAAAGUAUUUAUUUGUGCCCUAAUGUACAAAGCUCUAAAAAUUACGUUGAUCUAAUUAUCUAAAAUUACGAAUUUAUUUCUUUAUUACAUGCAUGUGCGUGUAUACGAUUUGUUUGGCUUGGCGAUUGGGGGAUGCUCAUGAAAGCUAUUAAAAUAUAUUUCCAUAUAUAUAUGGUUAUGGAGCGCUCCUAAUGGCUCUGGAACGCUAAACCGAACAAAUUUAUAGCACUAUAUGUAAAUGUGUGUAUGCUGAGGUUUGAAUAAGAGUACUCUGUUGCCUUAAUUAUGACAAAUCGCUUGUUGUUAGAAUUUAGAAAAACUCAACUGGACACAUAAACUGUAUAAUUUGUAAUAUAUGUAGUUACAAAUGCCUUGUUUCUUAUAUCACUGUGAGUUAAAAUAAGAUAAGAAAACUGUUACUUUACAACAUUGUUGAAAAUAUAUAAUAAAAAAAAAAAAUAAAGAUGC